UUCAGAUUCAGCUACCGUGACGGUAUUAUUUUGAUUCAUUGCAUGACAUUAAUACAAUGCACUUCAAUGUACUUGUUUAUCUUAGUAUCUUACUGUGCUCCUUUACAGAUUCCUUGGGAAGCAUUGUCUAGUGUGAUAAGUUCAGUUCCUAAAGAUGUUCUUCCUUUGUAUAUAAAGUUAGUUUGUGAUGUAUUCAGACAUGCGGGGAGGAUCAGUUCUAAUACCUGGUUUUUGCCUCCGGAAAGCUCUCUUCCUUUUUUCCUCCAGGGUCUUAUAAGUGGAUCUGCUGAAUUUAGAGAGCAAGCAGCUUUUGGCGUUGGAGAGUUAAUUGAUGAGACAAGUGAGCAAGCAUUAAAGGAGUUUGUCAUUCCAAUCACAGGGUCAUUGAUUCGUAUAAUAGGGGACAGAUUCCCAUUCCAAGUUAAAAGUGCCAAUUCUCUCAACUUUGAGCAUCAUAAUACGGAAGGGUCGUUCAUUCGUAUAAUAGGGGACAGAUUCCCAUGGCAAGAUAAAAGUUCAAUUCUUCCCCAGCUUCAAACAACAUUUGUUAAGUGUUUGCAGGAUAUUACAAGGACUGUUCGAUCAAGUGCUGCCCUUGCCCUUGGUAAACUAAGUGCACUCACAACUAGGAUUGAUCCUUUGCAGGCUUCAGAUGUUGGAAUUCGUGAGGAUAUUUCUUCCCCAGCUUCAAACGACAUUCGUUAA